UCCUUAAGUCCUUAAGCAGCUUUCAAUACAAUGGAGUACAUUUAUAAAAAGGAGCGUCGAAAUUUUGGCGCCAGUGUAUCCUUUCAAGACCAUGACGAAGUUAUCUUCAAUGAAAAUUCAAAUCGUGAAUAUGCCAAGGAUUAUAUACUGCAAAAUCCUGUUAGUAGAUUUACUCAAUAUGCUGGACAAACGUCAGCAAGUGAAGCAAAUACAGAGCGCGCCACUUAUAAACACACUGGAAUACUCCACACUGAGGGCGGUUGGAAAUUGGAUAUAAAUGUUAAUGAUCCUGAACAAACUGUACGUUAUAAACGUAAAAUUGAAAAGGAUGAAAACUAUAUAACACAAGUAAUGAGCUUAAGCAAACCAAUGGAACACUACAUACAUCAAAACAAUGCUGUGAAUAUAUAUGAAAAUUAUUUUGAAGAUGUUGAACCAGCAACACUGCCGGAACCUUGCAGAUCGCGUACCGUUAAUGUUUAUCGUGAUCCAAAUCCUAUGAAAGUGCCCGUAAAACAUAUAUCUUGGUCACCUGAUGGUGGUAUUAAGAUGGCUGCUAGUCAUUGUGAUAUGAGAUUUCAAGGUGAUAAGUUUGAUCAGAAAACUUAUUCCUAUAUAUGGGAAAUUGAAAAUCCUAAUGAACCAUUUUUAACACUUGAACCAAAAGUACAAUGUGUUUGUUUGGAAUAUAAUCAAAAAGAUCCAACAAGUUUAGUGAGUGGCAUGUUUAAUGGACAGGUAGCCGCUUGGGAUAUACGACAUGGUAAACAUCCUGUUAUGAUUAGUGAACGUGAAAUAUGUCAUCGUGAUCCAGUUACCUCAGUGCUUUGGAAUAAUUCAAAAAGUGGUACAGAAUUUUUUUCAGGCGGUUCGGAUGGUCAAGUUAUUUGGUGGGAUACGCGUAAAUUAAAUGAACCACUAGAUAAAUUAUUAAUGGAUCCAGUACGCACAGAUGAACAAGAAUUAUCACGUUCAUAUGGUAUAUCAGUGUUGGAGUAUGAAACUACUAUACCAACACGUUUUAUGGCUGGUACCGAAAUGGGUAUGUUAUUCUCAUGUAAUCGUAAGGGUAAAACUCCUAUUGAGAAAAUACAAAUACGUAUGAAAUGUCAUUGGGGCCCGAUAUUUGCUAUAAUGCGGAAUCCUGCUUUUGUUAAAAAUUUCUUAACUAUUGGUGAUUGGAAUGCGCGCAUUUGGUCUGAAGACUGUCGUGAAAGUUCAAUUAUGUGGACCAAGAAUUGUGCAGCGAUGUUAACUGAUGGUGCGUGGAGUUAUACUAAAGUCUCCCAAUUUUUUGUGACUCGCAUGGAUGGUGUUUUGGAUACAUGGGACUUAUUGCAACAACACAAUGAACCAGUGCUCACGGUUAAGGUAUGUGACGAACCCUUGUACUGUGUACGAACUAACGAGAAUGGCAAAUUUGUUAGCUGUGGCAGUCAGUUAGGUGCUACGUUCCUAAUAGAGGUGUCCGAGAACAUGAUUAUGUCUGCUAAAAAUGAUAAAGCACUUUUGACAGCGAUGUUUGAGCGGGAAAAUCGUCGUGAGAAAAUACUUGAAGCAAAAUCACGUGAAAGUAAAUUGAAAGUUAAAUCUAAUAAUCAACCCAAUGAUAAAAUCGAUGUAGUCGAUAUCAAAAAGGAUAUUGAAACAUAUCAAAGUGUUUGUGAUCAGGCAGCGACUGAAUAUCAUGCUGCUGUUGAACAAGAGCGUUUGAGACGUCUAUCUGGUUUAAAACAGGGCGCGGAGGAUGGUGAAGGAUCAGAGUUGGAAAGUGCAAGAUCAGGGAAAUAAUUCUAUUAUCAUUAAAAUAAAAUUGCAAAUGACCAAU